UAUAAAUGAUGGCAGUGCUGCGCAGCCACGGAAGCAAACGCCGAGCUGAGGUCCGUGGAACUGGAGCAGCGCCUCGUAGCAGAGGGAGACCUGCCACAUCGCAGGUGCCACCACAAAGGCGAAGGAUGCCGCUCUGGGUGUUCUUCCUCAUGGUCCUAACCCUCAGUGGUGGCUGCCACUGCUCCUCACACUCCCCGACCCUCAGGAUGCCACGGUAUGCAGAUGCCAUCUUCACCAACAGCUAUCGGAAGGUGCUGGGCCAGCUGUCUGCCCGCAAGCUGCUCCAGGACAUCAUGAGCAGGCAGCAGGCAGAGAGAAACCAGGAGCAAGGAGCAAAGGUGUGGCUUAGGCGUCAGGUGGACAGCAUGUGGGAAGACCAAAAGCAGAUGGCAUUGGAGAGCAUCCUGGCGGCCCUGUCGCAGAAGCUCAGGUUAAAAGCCAGAGGCUUCACAGAGCUCAAAUUCACCGAGCAGCAGGAAGGGGCCUGGAGGCUGCUAUGGCCAUUGUUCCCCCUCCAGCUCAACUGCUGCAAAUACCAGGCAGGAAUUCCCAAGGAUGAAGAUUCUGCCUGUGUUUUAUGCUGCCUGGAGCCAAAACACAACUGCAUCCAGUUCAUCCUAUUUAAUUUUUGACCUACUUUUUCAUUUAUAAAUACAAUAAAAUUCCCCUAUC